AUGAAACGAAGAGAACAUAGCUGGAUGUAUAAAAGGACGAUUGGGCAAAGUAUUAACCCAGAUUUCGUGAAAGGAGUUGAUGAAUUCAUUCAGUACGUCAGAGAUCAUCCCGAGAGAAGUAAUCCGAAUGAGGUUAGGUGUCCAUGUGUUAAAUGUAAGAACAAACGCCUUUGGAAUGCGGAUACGGUUAAAAUUCAUCUGUAUGACAAGGGUUUUGUACCUAACUACUAUGUGUGGAUGUGUCAAGGGGAGGGGUAUCCGGGAGUUCCCGAAUGGCGGUCCAAUGAAUAUCAUGACAUGGUUUUGGAUGCUUUUGGUCAUAGUCAAGAUCAGGGGCAUUCCGAGGAGGCUAGUGUUUCAUCAGAGAAGGAGCCUAAUGCAACUGCUAAGCAUUUUCUGGAUUUGUUGAAGGCUUCUGAAAGAUGUGUUGAUGGGUUUGCUUCUUUGCUAAGUGAGGCGAUUCCGAACAACAAUCAUAUGGCCGACACUUUCUACGAGGUGAAGAAGAUUGUGAAGGGGUUGGAACUGUCCCAUCAAAAAGAUUCAUGCGUGCCCGAAAGGGUGUUGCAAAGACUGUUUGCAACGAAGAACAUUUCGGAGGAAAUGACAUGGAAUUCGAAAAAUCCUAGAGUUCAAGGCACAAUGGCACACCCUAGUGACAGCGCAGCUUGGAAGCACCUCGAUUGUUGGUUUCCAGAGUUUGCUUCUGAGCCUCGUAAUGUGAGACUUGGCUUGUGUACAGAUGGUUUUGCUCCUCAUGAGGAGUUGAAACUGUUGUGGGAAGUCGGCGCGGCUACUUAUGAUAUUUCGAAGAAACAGAAUUUCAAUCUUCGAGCAGCCAUCCUAUGGACCGUUAGUGUCUUCCCGGCUUAUGGCAUGUUGUCUGGUUGGGCCACGGCUGGUAAGAAAGCUUGUCCACAUUGCAUGGAGAAGACCAAAGCAUUUUGGCUUGAACAUGGGGGUAAAGUUUCUUGGUUUGAUUGCCACCGGCAAUUCCUGCCGACAGAUCACCCUUUUCGGAACAGUAAAACAGCAUUCUGUAAAAACAAAGUAGAGAAAGGAGCCCCUCCACACAUCAUGUCAGGAGAGGAGCUGUGGGAAUGUGUUAAGGACCUUCCGAAGGCUACAGAUGGACCCGAUUCAAUUAAAAGGCUGAAAAAUGAAAAGAAGGGGUGGUUUAAGCAAAGCACCUUGUGGGAGCUCCCAUAUUGGAAGCAUCUCCUCAUUUAUCACAACUUAGAUGUCAUGCACAUCGGGAAGAACUUCUUUGAUCUGUUAAUUCACAUUGUAAUGGAUGUGAAAAAGCUUACGUGUGACACGCCUUCAGCUCGGAAUGACAUUGCUAAAUAUUGUAAACGUCCCCAGCUUCAUCUUCAAGAGGAUGAUAGAGGAAAAGAGGUAAUGCCAAAGGCUCCAUUCGCUCUUGACAAGGCUCAGAGAAAAGUUUUGUGUGAGUAG